ACCUCAUAUACGCUGUUUUAGUUCACCAAAUUAUCUCAGGCUGAAGAGUUCACUGGCCACGUCUAUAAAUUGCCAUUGCUCACACUUGCUAGAAUCAGCCUUGCUAUAGAACACAUAUCACAUGGCUUCAAGAGGAAUCAACAUGGGUCUAGUCAUGGUCCUUAUCGUGGCCGUGCUUUCAGCUAAAGCCAUGGCACAAUCAGGUUGCACCAAUGUUCUAAUUAGCAUGGCUCCAUGCCUAAGCUAUGUCACUGGGAGCUCCUCGACUCCAUCUUCUUCGUGCUGCUCGCAAUUGGCUAGUGUUGUUCUAUCACAGCCACAAUGCCUCUGCGCCGCACUAAAUGGCGGUGGUGCUUCAUUAGGUCUUAACAUCAACGAGACGCUUGCAUUAGCACUUCCUGGUGCCUGUAAAGUACAAACCCCGCCUGUUAGCAAGUGCAAUGAUAUUAAUGGACCUGUAAUGUCUCCAGCCGAUUCUCCUGAUGGUUUGCCAGGAGGAUCUAAAACAGUUCCAGCAACUGGAGGGAGCCCUGGAAAUGGCCUCAUCAUAAACAAGACCCUUCAGCUCGUUCUCUUUGUUGUGUUCAUGGCAUCAUCUGCAUCAACUUUUAGCAGCUACUGAGUUGUAGUUGGGGUGGCUAGCUAUGAGCUUCCCGUGCUAUAUGGGAUCUUAUUGUCUUUUAUGCUUGUUUGACGUAUUUACCUACGAAAGUUUGUAAUGCUUGCUUUACUAUGUAUGUGUGUUGAGUAUUUACGUUGUUUAAUAAUAAGUGUGGUGUGAUGAAUAAACC